CCUUCUGCCUGUGGCCUGCCUGACCUACUACUACUACUACCUUUAUCGGUGUAAACUCAAAUUCUAGAAUCCCCUCCUCCUCCUCAACCUCUCCUCCUGCUCCUCCUCCCUCCCCCCCUCCAGUCAAUCCCCUCUUCUCUCCUCCGAAAAAAAGGGGGGGCUUUCAGCCGCUGCAGCCUGCAGCAAGCACACACACACAAACAGAGAGAGCCAGAGUCAAAAAAAGAGGCACGAAAGAGGCUGGUGGGACGGCAGCCGGGAUUCAUGCGCCUCGCUCCCUCUCGCUUCACACCAAGCAGGACCAAACAGGACCAAACAGGACCGAGCAGGACGACCUAGCAAAUAAGACACGGCCGAGGUCUGGCUGGAAAUGUCGACGCCUCACGCUGCGGAAGUGCGGCAGAGCAGCAUAUCAUAGGCCUGUUCCCUCUCUCCCUCGACCUCACCUUCACUCUCUCUUUCUCUUUUUUCUUUUUUUGGAAAAAUAAUUUUGGCAUCAACUUGGCAUCUCUUUCGUUUCUGAACCCAUCGCUUCCUUCUUUUCCUGCUUCUUAUUCUUCUUGUGCUUCCCCAUCCUCCCAUUUCUCCAUCCGCCUUGUCACUCAUUAUUCCAACCUGGAAUACCAUCGCUCACGUGCGCUUGUGCGCCUCUUUGCCUGUUCCUGAUCCUGCCUCUUCUGGCCAUGGACGUGUUGCUGCCGCUGCGCCAAUGCUGAGAACAGACUCGCUGCCACCGCUAAUGAUUCUCGAGUCAUCAUGGCCACCAUCGAGCCGCGUCUAAUCCAUCUCUUGAAUGAGCCGACAACUCCGGAGACCCCCAAUACGGAAGUCGUCAAUACGGAGGGCCUCAAUACAGAGAGCAUUACUACGGAGGGCCUUCAUACAGAGGGCAUCACCUCGGAGGGCAUCAACCCGGAGGUCCUCCACACGGAAGCCCCCAACGCGGAAGUGCCGUUGCAGCCCUCACUGCCUUCACUACCUACGCUACAGUUGCUGCCCUUGUCGGGGAACCGAGACGGGCCUCUACCGCCGCUGCAUCUCGAAGGCCUCCGAGCCGACAGGUUCUUUGGCAGUGCUGGCCGGAAUGCCGCUCUGCCCGGCCCCAGCGGCGGAGCAUCCGGAGCUCCGCCGGCGUCCCCCUUCAUCGGUGACCAGACGACGUCCUUUGGCGACUUCAGGAGAGAGACCGACUACUCCAGAGAAGGCAAAUAUGCCGGGAGCGCGGCACUGUACCCGCUCAAGCUCCUGCUGAGUGAGGUCACCAUGCCGCCGAUGCCCACGCCGCCCGCCCCGUCCUUUACCAGCAUUCUGAACGAGGGGCCGGAUUUUCAAGACGACGCUCCUUCAUCUUCCUUUUCGUCUUUAUCAGCAUCCACAUCCAUAUCCGCAGCUAUACCCGCAUCUGCACCAACUGCUUCGUCGUCCGCGCCCUCGUCCUUCACCACGGCCGCGUCAUCUUCCUCGGCACUGUCCUUCCCCUCCUCGUCUACAACCGCAGUUGCAGCUGCAUCCAACGUUGCCUCCGGCUCCGGCGCUACUCCCAGCAACAAACGACCAGCCAUCCAUAUAAAGGAUGACUUUAUGCAGCUACCGCAACCCAGCAAGAAGCCGAAGGCGCACCAGGCCCCCUUGAUGCCACCAAUCAUCAACGGACUGCUGGAGCCACCGCCCAACGUCGCCCUCUUCCCUCCCAUCGAAUCUAGUGCCUUUGACGACACCGAUGCUGGCCAGAGCAAGCUCCUUCACGAACUCAGCUACAGCCCGCCGGGGCCUCGUCUAUCCCCGGAGCCUGGGCAGCCCGUGGCCAAGCCGCGGGCCACGAGGAAACGCUCGAGCAAGCCCAGGCGAAAGUGGACGGAAGAGGAAACAAAUCACCUGCUCAGGGGUGUCGAUCGCCACGGCGUGGGCAAAUGGACUAGUAUCCUAGAUGAUCCCGAUUUUCACUUCAACUCGCGCUCGGCCGGUGAUCUCAAGGACCGCUUCCGCACCUGCUGCCCCGAGGAGAUGCGUGUGACCGAUGCUGAUCAACAUCAGUCUCUUGCCCGACGCCGCCAGCUCCAGAACCAGUUCAGGCAGCUGACGUCGCCGCAGAAGACGCCGGAGACGGCCACCACAACAGAAGGCGGGAUCUUGUCGGACAAGGAUUCUGCCGCCUGCACUCCGUGUGGGACGGACGAGCCUCCCGCCAAGAAGAGCCGUGCCCAUCGGAUGAAGGUGUCGGACCUCGCAGGGCUCGGCAUCAAGGGCCCGUUCAAAAGGGCCCGCAGGAGGGAGCGGACGGCCUUCUCCUCCCGGGACGACCAGGAGAUCCUGCAAGGCCUCGAGGCAUACGGCCCGUCGUGGUCCAAGAUUCAGCGCGACAAGCGCUUUCAUCUUGGGAACCGGCAGCCCACGGACCUGCGGGACCGGGUGCGCAACAAGUAUCCCUACAUCUACCAGCGCAUCGAGAAGGGUGUCUUCCAGCCCAAAGACGUCAGCACCACGAACAUUCUCGAGCCAACGGUCAACACCAACAUUGGCCACUCGUUCAAAAUCCGAACCGCUGCCGCAGCGCCACCACUUACACUGACGGCCAACAGCUCUACGAACCGAGCCGCGACGCAGGAAGAACUGCCCAAGUGGCUGUUUCAGUCAUCUGGCCCGGCAGAGCAGCCGCAGCAAGCGCUCCGGGAGCCUGACGAGCCUACACCAUCAGCUUCUGGCGGAGAGAUGGACAUUGCCAGGCUCCUGCUGGACGAUGGUCAAGCCACGCCUUCUAUUACUUGA